AUGAGCUUCCUUUGGAAAAGCGGCCACCGUCCACCGAAAAGGGAUCCCACAGACACGAUACUACCUGUGCCAUCAUGGGAUGACCAACGUCGCAUGCGCGACUGUUGCCUGCAUGUUACUUAUCGAUUCGACGAUGUGCUUGACCCAGAGGUACUGCGCCGGUCGCUGGAACGUCUCCUGCAGUUGGAUGGCUGGCGGACACUAGGAGCGCGACUUCGAAAGAAGGAUGACGGGAAAUUGGAAUACCAUAUUCCAGCGCAGUAUGAUGCGAAACGGCCUGGUUUUAACUACACCGUCGUCAAAUACCCCAUGGGCAUCAAUGAGCAUCCUUUAGCUGCCAGUUUCCCCCAGGCAACUGGGCAGCCAUCACUGCUCGGCGACCCAGCAGUUCUCUCCUCUGUAUGUCUGUCUGCUGAUUGCCCCAAGAGGAUAGAGGACUGGCUCUAUUCGGAUCGACCGCAACUCGUCAUUGAUGUGGUGUCGUUCGGCGACGCGACACUGCUGACUGUGACCUUCAUGCACACGCUCAUGGACGCCAUGGGCCUUGCGAGUUUUCUCAAGGCGUGGACUGCUGUCAUGAAUGGACAAGAGGAUCAGGUCCCAACCUUUCAGCAGGUCGGUGAGGACCCUGCAGCGCGGUUCACUGACAGAACCCCGGCCGACGCCUACGUUAACAGCGCCUUUCUGCUCACGGGCCUCCGAAUGUUGGUCUUCGUCGCCUGCUACGUCUUCGAGCUCAUCUGGCACCGCGGCCACAAUGAACGUGUAAUCUGCAUCCCAGGGCACUAUGUCGACCAGAUGCGCAACCAGGCAUUGCACGAGCUAGCCGAGCAAAACAAGGAGCAGCCUGCUCCCUUCCUGAGUGAGAGUGACGUGCUCCUAGCAUGGUGGCUCAAGGCGUUGAUUAGGGCGCUGAAUCCUUCCCCCGGCCGCAUGGUAUCAAUCUUGAACGUGUUCGACAUCCGCUCGACCGCCCUCCAGGAGUCACCCUCCACGAACACAGCCUUCAUCACGAACGCUGCCCUCGUAUCCAUCACCUUUCUCCGCAGCCACCAGAUUCUCCGUGAACCGGUCAGCUUCGUGGCUUCCCACAUCCGUCGCUCGCUGGUCCAGCAACGCACACUGCCACAGAUCGAAGCCUGCUUUGCUCUUCACAAGGCCGCCUCAGAGAAACAUGAUCAUCCGCCGAUAUUUGGCGAACCGACCUCCCUGCUCGUCUGCUGUAGUAACUGGCACAGAGGCAGGUUCUUUGAAGUGGACUUCUCGUCUGCAGUUCUUACUCCGGGCAUUGCGCUCAAGGACCGCGUGCAUCCGCUUGGCAGACCAUCCUGUGUAAUUCCUACCCAGCAUUUGGGCGGUCUUGCUUUGCGAAAUGUGGGGCCCAUCAUUGGUAAGGACGUAGCUGGGAACUGGUGGCUGUCGUGCACAUUGCGGACGAGUGCAUGGUCUGGUAUCGAGCAGGAAUUGAAUGCACUCGCCGGCAGAAAGAGUCAGUGA